CCCCCAUGGGGCGGUUUUCGGUUCCCCAUGGGGACUUGGGAACAAAAGCGAUUGGGAAACAUGCACGAGGAGGAUUCAAUUGCUCCAGUAUAUAACCUCAAGAUGCGUUGCUGAUCAAUUGAAGAUCUACUCCAUCAGACACUCACCAGCUCAUUCUUCUACUCACAGACAUCAACUCUCAAUCACAAUGGGCAAAGAGAUCAUCAACCCUUCGGUUUCGCACGCCGAAAGCUACGAUGUCGAGGCUUCGGUGGCGAAGACGGUUGGCCACGAUACCACCGACCAGGCUCGUCUCGGUGCUCAGGCUGAGCAUGACCUCCCUCCUCUCCAAGCCGUUCGCAAGUAUCCCUGGACAGUUGUCUGGUGUCUCGUCGUCUCCAUGUGCGUCAUCAUGGAAGGCUACGAUACCAACCUCCUCUCCAACUUCUACGCCUAUCCCGCCUUUGCCAAGAAGUACGGCCAUUGGAACGAAGAGACCAACAACUACCAGCUCUCUGCUCCUUGGCAAGCUGGUCUCGGUAAUGCUGCAGGAGUUGGUUCAUUCUUUGGAACUCUUCUCAACGGUUACCUCGUCACCAAGUAUGGCCACAUCAAGGUCCUCAUCGGCUCUUUGAUCUCUCUCAGCUGCUUCAUCUUUAUCGUCUUCUUCGCUCCCGACACCAAAGUCCUCCUCGUUGGACAGAUCCUCUGCGGUUUCCCCUGGGGUGUCUUCGCUACGACUGCGCCAGCCUAUGCCUCUGAAGUUCUUCCCAUGUCGCUUCGAGUUUACAUGACCAGCUGGACCAACAUGUGUUUCAUCAUCGGACAGCUCAUCUCUGCUGGCGUCAUGGCUGGUCUUGUCAACACUCCUGCUCCUUGGGCGUAUCGCAUCCCCUUUGCGCUCCAAUGGUUCUGGCCUGUUAUUCUGGUGCCUAUUCUCUGCUUUGCUCCCGACACUCCCUGGCAUCUUGUUCGAAUUGGCCGACACGACGAUGCCCUCAAGAGCCUCGCCCGACUCCGACCUCGUGCCACCGAUGCUGAGCUUCGCGAUGCCCUUGGCCUCAUUGUCUACACCAACAGCCUCGAAGAGCAGCUUUCCGUCGGCACUUCAUACCGCGACUGCUUCAAGGGCUUCGAACUUCGACGAACCGAGAUUGCCAUCGUUGUAUUCGCUGGUCAGAUUCUUUCUGGUCUCAACUUUGCCUACAACUCGACCUACUUCUUCCAGCAGAUCGGUCUCGACUCUAACACCACCUACCAUCUCAACGUUGGCGGAAACGGAAUGGCCCUGUUUGCUACCUUGGUGUCUUGGUUCUGUGUCAUGCCAUACGUUGGAAGACGCACGGCCUACCUUUAUGGUAUGUUCACCAUGGCCACUGUCCUUUUCGUCAUUGGCGCUCUCAACACCCGAACCGAGAAUCAUUCAAUCGCCAUGACCCAAGCUGUCCUCACUCUCGUCUGGACCUUUGUCUUCCAAUUGUCUGCUGGUCAGCUCGGCUGGGCUCUUCCUGCUGAGAUGGGCUCAACCAGACUCCGACAGAAGACCAUCUGCCUCGCCCGCAACGGUUAUGCCAUCACUGGAGUUGUCGCUGGUGUUCUUCAGCCUUACUUCAUGAACCCUACUCAGUGGAACCUUCGAGGUUAUACCGGUUUCAUCUGGGGAAGCACUGCUUUCAUCGUCUUCGUUUGGGGCUACUUCCGUCUUCCUGAGACCCGAAACCGCACCUUUGAGGAGCUCGACAUUCUGUUCGCCAAGGGUGUUUCGGCACGCAAGUUCAGUUCCUACAAGAUCGAUUCUUUCGAGGAGGCGGACAGUGCUGUUCAUCAGACCGAGAAGGCUUGAUCUUUGCAGCCACGUAACUGGGUAGACAUACACUGUCCUCGUGUCAGAUUACGGAAUGGAGUUUGGGUUGAAGGGGAAGAAAUUGGUUUAGCUGGUGGAUUGACAAUAUAAACUAUGAUAUGGAUCUAAAUAACAUGAUUAUUGCGCAACAAGAGCUGUUUUGUGUCUUAGAGUGAUCAGUGACCAUCUAGUUUCUGCAGAGUGACCAAUCAUUCAUCAAUAUCUCUUUCUGCCAUCUCAUGUUCGCC